AUGGACGAAGACCUACAACUCUCAGAGAAAAUACCAGCUAAUUUUAAUAUUUACAGAAACACAAUUUAUGGUCGAAAUUUUCUUAAAGAUUGGGCCAAUUAUUUUUACAAAUUACCAAAAAGCUUUCAUGGAACGGACAAUGGAGCUAUACAUGGAUUUUUUAUGGAAAAAUUUUCUUCACAAGAACACAGAAAUAAAUGUCAACAUCUGUGGGAAAUAUCUAAAAAUUUUGGAGAUCUAAACACAUUCACAGUUUGUGUUCGUCAUUUUCUUGAAAAACAAAUGGUAAAUCGAACAUUUGAUGAAGGAAAAGUUAAAGUUUUCCCUAAAGCUGCAGGAUGGGCAAGGGAUGGCGGACAUACUGGGACAAAAUUUUCAACAAAAGAUUUUAUUUUUCAUGGAUGGAAAGCCUCGUAA